GGGCCUCUUGGAAGCAGACGAGGAAGUCGGGUAGAGAGACUAAGACGAGUGCUGCGUGACGCGGGGCGAUUUCCAGCCUCUCGUCGCUCUGUGCUUUUCUCUCCUGACGGAGACGCGCAUGAGUCUGUGGUGUCGCUGCUUGUCGCGAAGACGCGGAGACCUGCAGAGACGGAUGCUCUUCCAGGAACAGUUUGAACGCAUUAAGACCGUGUACCCGGGUACCAGCUACGUUUGUUUAUUGGAUGGUGACACAGGAGACAUGAUAGCGCAAUCGGAGACAACGGAGGUGAACACGGACGAGUUUACACGCACGAUUAUCAAUCUCAAGGAUGCCGCACUGCAGUUCGCGGCGACGUUAAACCAGAUUGACCCGCAGGUGGUGCAUGUCAGAGGCGCACAGGGCAUGUUUUCCUGCUAUGGCUCUGCUCACAUGAUUUUGGCUUUUUACAGUGAAAUGCCUGGCGUGGGCCUGGAAAUGUUUGACUGCUUCGAAGCCGACAAGAGAAUUGAGCCGAUUACAGGGGAGUUGCACCGAAUUUUGGACGCCAAUCAGGGCAAUAAGCGACGGUAUCGCGCGUAGUUGCUGAUGGCAAAUUCUUGGCACAUCACGUCUUCCCAGUAUGACUGAAUGCAGUUCAAGUGACUCGACGGACACCACCAAAGAGUACAAUAGAACGCUUGUGGAGCGUAAACCCCGAGCU